AGGAUGGAGCAGAGGUGAGAUCCGCUCCUCAUUACCGGCACACAGGCUUGAGCACAUUGUUACGUGCAGUGGGUGGAGUUAAGGAUGCUGAAGGUACAGAAGUUUUCGCCUUCACACGCUGAAGCCAUGCGUAAGUGUGAUCGCUGGUGAGGAGGAUGCUGGAGCAUGAGGGAGGAACAGACAUGCGACUGGUCCAGCAGAUCAACACAGGGAUGAAGAUCCAGGCCGGGAGCGAGCAGAUGGGCGGCAGCAAGGUCGGAGAAAAUCAAGAAAAUCAGGUCAUCUGUUUGCAGUGUCAAGACGAAGUGGUGCGGGUUUGUCCUGGAAGUCCGCGCAGUCCCCGCCGCGCCAUCGCGACGCGCCUCUCCUCCGGCUCCGCAGAUCGUGAGCCCAGCAGUGGCAGCUACAGUGUCUCCACAGGAACCUUCUAUAGCUGCGUCAGUCAGAUCACCAUCGGGUUUGACCUGGGUGGUCAGGUGGCCAUUGGAUUCUCCCACUGGAAGAGUCCUUUCCCACCGAGUAACCACAAUCUUCCCAGUCCAGACUGUGUUCGCUCCGAGGCCUCCGCUGUCCCACCUAUCAGCGACCAUCUUGAACCGGCGUCCUGCCCAGCAUCCCUGUCUAUCACCCCCCUGCCAACCUGCAGUGGCAGUCAGGAGACGAUCUGUGACAGCAGUACAAGUGUGAGUUUAUCUCUACAUGGGUCUGAGCCCCAGCGGCAGAGCCUUCUUCGACGCAGAGUCCCGCUGCAGCCCUCGGCCUCCGGCUACCAGGCAGCGGACAGACCUCUCGCCUUCCCCUUUGGUGGAAAGGCAGACAUCAUGGAGGAGUCAUCGGCCGAAGCUCCCGACUCGAGCACUCCAGACGAUGUGCCUCCACUUGCUGUGAAGGAUGUUAAUGUGCUCCUGGAGAGGGAGAGGUCAGAGGGCACCAGCAGCCCCUCCAGAGCUGAUGACUCCACCCUGCUGAAUGCAGCCACCCACAGCAGCAUCCUGGAUGACAACUCCAAGUCUGACUCUGGCCUCCCAGAGGGAAGGAGUAAAUCCAGCGGACUGUGCUUCAGCGAUGGAAAAAGCCGCAUCGACUACAUCCUGGUGUACAGGAAGUCCAGCUCACAGUCAGAGAAGAGGGAGAUAUUUGAGCGGAACAUCCGUGCAGAAGGAUUACACAUGGAGAAGGAGGCCUCCAUAACCAACAGUGAUGUGAUCUUCCUAAAACUACAUGCACCGUGGGAUGUCCUCUGUCGUUAUGCAGAGCUCAUGAACAUUCGCAUGCCUUUUAGGAGGAAAAUCUUUUAUAUGCACCGACGGCACAAGUUCAUGAGCCGGAUGGAGAAGCGCAUCAACAAGUUUCGUGGAUGGCUUCCCCGCAAGCCCAUGAAGUUUGACAACGACACUCUGCCCGAUCUGGAGGAGGGCGAGAGCUUCACCGCUCCGUUCAGCCGAUCAAGGAUACAUCAUUUCAUCAUCCACAACAAAGACACAUUUUUCAACAAUGCCACCAGAAGUCGUAUCGUCCACCACAUCCUCCAGCGAGUCAAAUAUGAGGAAGGCAAAAAUAAGAUGGGACUUAAUCGUCUUUUGAGCAAUAACUCAUAUGAAGCAGCUUUUCCUCUUCAUGAGGGAAGCUACCACAGCAAGAACUCCAUCAGGACACAUGGGGCAGAAAACCACCGACACCUGCUGUAUGAGUGCUGGGCCUGGUGGGGUGUUUGGUACAAAUACCAACCUCUGGAUCUCAUACGGAGGUAUUUCGGAGAAAAGAUUGGCCUGUACUUCGCUUGGCUCGGCUGGUACACAGGGAUGCUAUUUCCUGCAGCUCUCGUCGGUCUCUUGGUAUUCCUGUAUGGUGUCUUUACUCUGGAGCACUGCCAGGUCAGUAAAGAAAUCUGCCAGGCCACUGACAUCAUCAUGUGUCCCAUCUGUGACCAGUACUGCCCCUACCUGAGACUGUCUGACAGCUGUAUCUACGCCAAGGUAACCCAUCUUUUUGACAACGGUGCAACAGUUUUCUUUGCUGUAUUUAUGGCUGUUUGGGCUACAGUUUUCUUAGAGUUCUGGAAAAGACGCAGAGCUGUCCUGGCGUACGACUGGGACCUUGUUGACUGGGAGGAGGAGGAGGAGGAAAUUCGACCCCAGUUUGAGGCCAAAUACUCUAAAAAAGAGAGGAUGAACCCCAUAUCUGGAAAACCUGAGCCUUACCAGGCCUUUACUGACAAAUACAGUCGCCUCAUUGUGUCAGCAUCUGGAAUAUUUUUCAUGAUACUGGUGGUGAUCGCCGCUGUGUUUGGCAUCGUCAUUUACCGUGUGAUCACUGUCAGCACCUUCGCUGCCUUUGGCUGGGCUCUCAUCAGGAACAAUUCUCAGGUGGCGACCACAGGCACGGCGGUCUGCAUCAACUUCUGCAUCAUCAUGCUCCUCAAUGUGCUGUAUGAAAAAGUAGCUCUCCUACUAACUAAUUUAGAGCAGCCAAGGACAGAGUCAGAGUGGGAAAACAGCUUUACCCUCAAGAUGUUCCUCUUUCAGUUUGUCAACCUCAACAGUUCAACUUUCUAUAUCGCCUUCUUUCUGGGAAGAUUUACAGGCCGACCUGGUGCGUAUCUACGCCUCAUCAAUCGCUGGAAACUGGAAGAAUGCCACCCCAGUGGAUGUCUCAUCGACCUCUGUAUGCAGAUGGGGAUCAUCAUGGUGCUAAAACAAACCUGGAACAACUUUAUGGAGCUUGGCUCUCCACUUAUUCAAAACUGGUGGACACGGCGGAGGCUCAAGCGAGAACACGGACAGAACGCCAAGGCUAGUUUUCCUCAGUGGGAGCGGGAUUACAACCUUCAGCCAAUGAAUGCCUAUGGACUCUUUGAUGAAUACUUAGAGAUGAUUUUGCAGUUCGGUUUCACCACCAUCUUUGUGGCAGCUUUCCCUCUGGCCCCUCUCUUAGCGCUGAUCAACAACAUCAUUGAGAUUCGUUUAGACGCUUACAAGUUUGUCACACAGUGGCGUCGACCUCUGCCCUCACAAGCCAAAGACAUAGGGAUCUGGUACGGCAUUUUAGAGGGAAUCGGCAUCUUGUCUGUCAUCACCAACGCCUUUGUCAUCGCUGUUACCUCAGACUUCAUCCCUCGCCUUGUUUAUGCCUACAAGUAUGGACCUUGUGCUGGUCAAGGCCGAGCAGGGGAGGGCUGUAUGAUUGGUUAUGUCAACGCCAGUCUGUCAGUUUUCCGGGUGUCUGACUUUGAGAAGAGAUCUGAACCCCGAACAAAUGGCUCGGAGCUGUCUGGAGAAGCUGUGAAGUAUUGCAGGUAUCGGGACUACAGGGAGCCUCCAGACGCCGCUGAGCCCUACUCAUACACUCUCCAGUUCUGGCACGUCCUGGCAGCCCGGCUGGCAUUUAUCAUUGUUUUUGAGCACAUGGUCUUUGCCAUCAAGACCCUGAUCGCGUACCUCAUCCCCGACUUGCCAAAGGACUUGCGGGACCGAAUGCGCAGGGAGAAAUACCUGAUCCAGGAGAUGAUGUAUGAGGCCGAACUGGAGAGACUACAGAAAGAGAAAAACGAAAAGAAGAAGAAAGACAAGGUGCAUCACAAGGAAUGGCCCUGAACGCACCAUCUGGUUGUCUGUCUGUGUUUGGUUUUAACUGCACAGUAGAGGAAGGAGAGGAGAGCUGGGUUUUCUGCAUGAUACUGGACCCUCAAACCUUCCUCCUGUCAUGUGAGACCUGCGCCUCUUUGUGGACAUUUGAUGAACUGCGCCCUGCACAGAGACCACUGAGCCCCUGGGUCUGUUCACAUGACAGGUGUCCUCAUGAACAUCUGGCAGCAGGUUUUGCUGCUGUGGUUUUUCCUCAAAUAGUUUUUACUAAAUUGGACUUUGAACAGUGUAUGUCUUCAGAUCCUGAAUGUAGAUUUCAAGCAAAAUGAAACUUUUACUAAUGUAUUGUUUUAAAUGAGAGGAAUGACUCUCCUGAGCUUAUUGAAUGACAAACUCUGUUUACAUUUCUCCUGUGUAAGGAGUUCACAUUUUGCUUUAUUGUUAAAAAUAAAAACUUAUUUAAAUGAAUGUCAGGCUAUCAGCUGUAGUGUAGUGCAAUAAAAAUAGUUACUUGUUUUAUUCAAGCUGUGGCAAUGUGCUCACAGUUUGCUUAAACUGGAAAUGCUUUCAAUUUGAAUUUAGACUGAUAAAUGCAAUAAUAAACAAUAUUUAUUGUAAAAAAAAAAAAAAAGAAGAAGAAGAAAA